AUGAAUGCCGCCACGCACUACCACAGUGACAUUGUUGGAACUUCCCACCACCAUGUCACUGAUGACUGGGGGACAUGGCAGGAGGAUGAAAAAGGUUCCCUCGCUGCGACAGAGAAUCUGACUCUUCUCUCGCCACCUCCGCAGGCGACGGACCGUUGCCCACGAGCUUCCACCAGGACGUCACACCGGAAGACUUCACGAUAUCCCAGUGCCAAGAUGAAGAGGCUCAAGUCAAGGCACCGACAAAAGGCACAGAACGCAAGAGCAGGCAUCAAACUCAUCACCGACAUGUCGGUUCUGAACCGCAACGGCGGCGCUGCAGCAGGCAUGCCGACCAAGUUUGUCGAUGCCGUCGCCCUGAAAGCACUCGAAGGGGAUUCCGGCUCCACCAUCGUUGGCAAGUUGAACUGGUCCAAGAGGGACAAGUGUCAGCAUCAGAAUUCCGCCUCGGCCGCGCCGCAACAUUCUGGCCCCAAGGUGGAACAGGAGCUCUCGCCCGAGGACCGGCCCAUCGUUAUCGGCAUCACCCUUCCCUGUGCUGAGUCGACUCGGCACAGGGACAAUUCGCAAACCGUCGAUCAGAGUGCGCCUCAGAUGUCACGAAAUCCAACCGCGGCAAACCAGACACCUCGUGUGGUGUCCUCCGCUGCCGGAGUCGCUGCGGCAGAGGACCCCGUCCACAGGUCGGUGUGGUCGCCGGAUACACCAGACACAGUGCUGUCCUUUCACCAGGUCCGAGAGACAUCCAGUUCGUCUUCCCAGUCCAACAUUGCCGCACCUACGAAAUGGAAACAGCUGCCGCCAGUGCCGGGCAUUCCCACCGAUCAUGUAAAAGCGCAAGUGCAGGAUAAGAUGAGCCUAGAGCUUGGAGGACAAGAUGACGAAGAAGAUAGCGGCACACCAUGCACCCUCUUUGAAGAGGAUGGACCGUCAACUCCCGGGAGGCCUUCUCCGGGUGUUGAUCUCGGCCAGUAUCGCGACAGCGCAAAUUCUGGCUCUGCCGGUUGGUGGGACCAUCAUGUCAUAACGCCGUUUGUGGACCAACGGAACUCCUUCUCCAGUCGCAAGCUGAAGAUGGAUUCGCCCAAAAAGGGUGAAAGAACAGCAUGGGCAAAACACGACUCGAAGGACAAGCACUCUGAGAUCGGACCACUGGAGGCGCCCCGAGAUCGUUCGCUGGCACCCAUCGCUCGUGCUCCAAUACCACGCAAGGGCCCGACUCCACGUGCUGGUGCGCUCACGACACGUGGACCAGAAUCUACAUCAUCACCAUGGCCAAGUCCGGCAUGGAGUGACGAAGCGAUGAAGGAAGGUGGGCACAUGGUUACCAAGGAGGGAGUGGACAAGGACCUGCCGCCUCCUUAUUCAUCACCAAAGAAUCCACAAGGGGGCCUAGUUCGGCAUCGAGCAAUCUUUCCGCCCGAAUACGCACCGCAAGGGCGAUGUUCUCCAUCGGCUGGCACGACAACUGCUGGACAUGUCUCCACGAUAGCUUCCCGGGAAGCGGCGCAGCCCACGGGCAACACUCGAACCGUGACCUCGAACCCAUCCCCGCCGCCUUUGGAAGCGCCUCUGCCUCCUCGACCACUCGGCACCUACCUGCAGUCAGAAGACGUAAUAUCCUCCCAUGACCGAGCGCGCAAGGUUGAACGGCAGCGUCGCCGUCACGAGAAGGAGGAGGUUGUCGCCAGACGCCUGGGGGGUUUCUGGAGAGGGCGAUGGUGCAUACCACCCACCGGUUGCUACGGUCGUCCUGGUCGCGAGGGACGAAAGCGGAGACGAAUCUGCAUCGCGAUCUGGGCUGGCAUGAUUGCCGCGAUGACUCUCAUCAUCGUGCUGGCAGUUGUCUUGAGUCGACGCGGCAGCCCGCGGGAGGCACCCUCGAUAUGGGUCAACCUGACCGAUUUCCCGCCCAUGCCUACAGGAGUGCUCACCAUUGUUGGCCCAGACAACUCGGUCUCCAAGAGCGUUUGCACGAAGCCGUCGACGUUGUGGAGUUGUUCUUUGCCAAAGGACCAGCACAGCUCCGUGGCGCCGUACAUGGCGAACCAGCCCACGGUCGUGAUGCAGAUCCAAUGGGACAAUGGCACCGGCUACGCGUCAAAGGGUGCGGAGGAUGGAAGGUCUCGCAGAGGGGCACGCGUCGUGCGCCGUGCACACAUUCGGCAGAGGGACGAAAUCGGUGGCUUCCGACCGCAACCCGAUGGACCCGACCUGAAGGAGCUGUGGUUUCUGGGAAACACGACGGACGACAUCAAGGCGGAAAACAAGGCUGGGGAACAAACGCCAUUCUACAUCAGCCUCCUGAAGUCGACAGACGAGCCGGUCGGGCUCCCCAAGUUGGGCCGUCGAGAUGGCGGCGCGCAGAUUGGCAACCAGAGCCUCGCCGGCCUUCUUCCAGCACCCGCGUUGGAGGCAGACGGCACUCCGACGGCCGCCACGAUGCUGCCUUACCCCGUCCAGCAACCUGUCCGGCUGUUCGACCGCGGGCUGCCGUCGGAGCACUACGGAUUCUUCACCCACUUCCGGCGAUCCCUCUUCGUUAGGUCGGUAACGAUCCUCAACCGGACCAAGGACGGUGACGUCCCACUGGACGAGAACGGGGGGUGCGGCAAAAAUGAGGCUGCGUACAUGGUGAACUGGGACGAGACGCGAGUGCUCGUGCAGAUCUGGACGCGAGCCUUGACCGUCAACGCCUCGUCACUUCUGCCACCCGGCCCCGGCCCUCGCAUCGGUGGGAACGGAGAGCUGGUGCGUCCCGGCACGAUGCCGUAUCCCGUGACGGUGACACUCGACACGCACGGCGGAAACCCGAAGCGGAAGCUCGUGUGGGACUGGCCUAUCGACGCGCGGCAGAGGCUCGCGCUCGACAAGGCGGAACUUCUCGCCAACGACAUGGGCGCCGGAGGAACGUGGAUCAAUCCUCGUGGAGCAGGAAAUGCCGAGCAAGGAGGCUUCGAUGGCGGCUCGGGUGGAUGCAGAUGCGAGUGGGUGAACUGGGUGAGCCGCGGCGGGCGCGGAAUCUAA